UAUCACAACAAUUUACACGUCGUAUUUACCCGCUCAAUGAAGCAUUGCAAUUCACGCGUCCUGUCUGUCGUCAUUCAUUCGUUGUUUAUUGUUGGCGCAACCUAAAAGCAGCAUGAUUCUUUAUUAGGCGUUUUAUCGCACGAAAUUAAAUCCGUUUCAUUGUAAAUUAGUGUGCACGGUAGCAAAGCUACUCGCCGUCCAGUGCGUGGAACCAACCGAAACCGAAAAAGACCACCGGACACAUUACAUAACAUGGGAGGCGGAACGUCCAGGGCAGAACCGUCCCAGGAAGGUCGCCGGGAGCCGGAUUUUACCCGCUUCAAGGCACGGGUGGACCGGGUGUACAUAGCAGGGCUGAAGCGGACGCACGACGACUACGUACAGCGGGCGGCACGUCACCUGUUCAAUGCGCAAAACUUUCAGGACGUUAUCGUGGAGACGGCAAACGUCAAGGAUGAUCUGCUCCGAUUAGGCAUCUACAAGAACCUGCGCAUCUCAAUCGAUACGAGCAAGGGCGAGGGAGCGUCCAAGAACGGGUACACGGUCACGUUCACGGGCGAGGAGCUGUCCCGCAUCACUGGCAACGUUGGUGUUGAGGUUGGCCAAAACGAUGGAGCUGCUACCACCGAAUUGGUCACGCCGAAUCUGUUUGGACGUGGCGAACGGCUCAGCUUAAACCUAAGCCGCAGCUACGUGCGCAACAGUGUGGUGAAUAUUAAGCUCACCAAACCCUUUUACCAUACGGCCGUGGGCGAUUAUGAGCCAGAAACUUCCCUCACCGUGUUCCGGAAUGCAUCGCCCCAUCCCUGGUCCAAGUAUCGGCUCGAGGACAACGGUGCGCUGCUCGACUUUUCCUUCGCCAUCCCGUCGCUCGGCUUCAGCAACAGCCUCCAGUACGAGCUGGGCAUGAAGGAGCUGUUUGCGCUCGACAAGCAGACGCCGUUCUUCGUGCGCGAACAUUGCGGCCCUCGGCUAGUGUCUACCUUCCGCUACAUUGGCCAGUACGAGGGUCGGGACGAUAGCGUGUUUCCGUCGAGCGGCGUGUACGCAAAGGGCACGACCGAGCUGAUCGGUAGCCGCCUGUCCCAGCUCGGCAUCGUACGGCAGGAGCUGCAUGCCGAGCUGAACGUGCCACUGUUUCUCGGCGCCUCGGUGCAGCUGUGCGGUCGGAUCGGUGCGAUACUGCAGGACAAGCGCAAGGAAUCGCUACCGAUCAAUCAACUGUUUUUCCCCGGCGGUCCGCAAACGUUGCGCGGCUUUGAGCUGGCCGGUGCUUGUCCGCGGCGCGACGGCAUUGCGGCCGGCUGUCGAUCGUACUGGACGACGGGGCUGCAUCUGUGGAGCCCGCUACCCUUCAACCAGUACUUCGGCGGGUUCGGCAAUCUGUUCCGGACACAUGCGUUCUACAAUAUCGGCACGUGCGAUACUUACACUACGGACAAACUGCGCAGCACGGCAGGAAUCGGCAUCGCGUUCCGCAUGGGCCAGAAGGCGCGCAUCGAGUUCAACUACUGCCAGCCGCUCUCGUACGAGGCGGGCGAUCGGGUAGUGAAAGGGUUCCAGUUUGGCAUCGGUUACGAGUUUGUCUAGAAAGUGUUCAAACGUUCUCUCGAACCACUCGUACCUCUCGUGCUACUACUCCGUCUUUUGGUUUCGAAACCACCCAGCUCCACACUAGCUUUCCGUGAACAUUCGUUCCGUUCUGUUUCCACGUUCCUUCUCCAGCCGUACUCCUCCCGCCCUCCUGCUUCUCGUUCUUGAGCAUUUGCUUUUCUGUUUUUUUUUACGUAUUUUAACGCAUUUUCACCCGUGUUUGCGUGCUCGGACACUAGCUGCUAGCAAACGAAUGUACCACAACCUCACGAGUCAGUAUGUUUAAGUUAUGACGCGACGAGCAGUGCAUAGAUAAUAUAAAAAAAGGAAAUAUAUAAAUAUAAAAUGAA